AUCUAGGGUUCUUAGUUUUCCUUGUUUGUGGCAAUGGCGGAGGCUCAGGUGAAUGGAGCCGCAGCAACGGCGCCAGCAGCGGCGCCGCCAUCGUCAGCAGCUCCGGCAGCGCCGCCAGUGGCAGCGGGCGACGACAAGGGCGACAAUUGGCGAUUCAUCCCGCCGCAGUCCGUGAGGGAAGAUCAAGUCCAGAAUGCUGUCAAUUUCCUCUCCCAUCCCAAGGUGAAGAACUCCCCCGUUGUCUACAGGCGAUCGUUUCUUGAGCGCAAAGGCCUGACCAGAGAAGAAAUCGAUGAGGCAUUUCGGCGAGUCCCGGAUCCACCGUCUACUACUUCCGCUGCUCCCGUUCCAGCAGCUCCAACGGCGGGCCCUGUUACUGCUGUGGCAUUGCCCGCACAGACUGCUGCUGUGGCUGUGGUUCCAAGAAAGGGUGCUCGAUGGACACAAGUGGUUUUGGCUAUUGGGGUGCUUAGUGCGGCUGGAGCAGGAGCAGCAGUCGUGACAAAGACUUAUUUGUUUCCAAGAAUGAAAGCUUGGCUGCGUCGUAUUGUUCUUGACGAGGAAAGCUCAGAGCAGAAGAAGUCAAGACUGGACGUGGAGGCAUCCAAGGCUUCUGCCGCGUUAACUGCUGCCACUACGGAAAUGGCUGCGCUUGUGAGGGAACUCGUGAGCUCCAGACACGAAGAACGUCGGUACUUUGACACUGUUGUCAAGUCCAUGGAGGCGCAAACGCGGGAAAUCAAGCUGCGGCUUGACACAUUGAUCCAACUCCAGAAGAAAGGAAAUAUCACUUCCAGCGAAACCAAUGUCUAUAAAGCACAAGUACCAAGAGACGCAAAGGAUUCUACUGGAGUGGCUUUUGAGCCUGCAAGGCCUUCCUCUGCUCCCUACAGUUUUGAUCCCGACAGGUUUGCUCCAUCGGCUAAAUACUCUGAGAUCUUGGCCAUGGUCGAGCGGGGUGAAAAGCCACCAGGCAUACGGGAUGUGAAUGAUAAACCUCCAAAUCCCACUCAGCCGGCAUCUAACUCCAUGUUGCAGCCUAAGACCAAGCCGUGGGAGAGUCAUGUACCGUCAGAAAACGGUGCAAGCGCCCAACCAUGGUGGAGACAGAGGGAUGGAGACGCCAAAAUAACAGAGAACUCAGUGAAAAUUGUGGAAAUGGAGGACCAGGACACGGUUAGCAGUGAUGGUGCUUUUAGUGCAUCUCCACAGAUUGAGACCGCAGGCAGGGCAUGGGUUCCUCCACCCGUUCCAAAGACAAUUCUACCGGGAGUUGAUGCUGCAAUCAGACAUAAGUCUCCGAGUCCAGUUUCUUAUCCGAGCUACGACAAUGUGCAUAGCAACGGGACUAGCACUGACAAUGCGGAGGGCUCGUCCAGUUCAGAGAUCAGAGAGAGCACGUCUGAAGUUACAGUGGAAGAAGCAGAGUGACAGGAAUUGCUUAGGUGGUGACAUUAGCUAAUUAGUCAGCUCUCUAGCUAUAAUCAAGGUCCACAACCUUACCUUA